GCGAUAACUUGACCUUGUACAUAUUAAAACCCUUCAAUUACGUCAUUCAACUACUUAAACGGUAAGCGUUGGCUUCGCCUGGUGGAAUUAUUUCUCAAUUGGACUAAGUUAACCAAUUGUGACGUGAGGUUGACGUCUUAAAGGAGGAUUGUGCGUCUCUCCCUUGUGAAUUCCCAAGCUUGGUUUUAAUUUCAACAUUCCAAUCAUGAAGUUUUUUUGGUCAGAUAGUUGUAAUUUUCCAGUAAUGAAAUCUUCCACGUCAAGUCUUGGCCACAAAGUGGGCCAAGUCGCUCAGCUUCAGCAAUAUUUAGGUGCUCAAGUUAUAGUGAAUAUAUCUAGAUAAUAAAGUAAUCAAACGAGCUUGUUUUUAUGAAGUUGUUCGAGAGAAAUAUAAUUAUUCUCUGUUUUAAAGGGUACUUAAGCGAGUUACCGAGAAAUACCGACGUGGGAAGCUCACCUACAAGCGAAAAUGAACGACUUAGAAGAUAUAUCACCAAGCCUUCGAAAAGAGCUCGCUGAAAUUGAAAGUCAAUUCAAUGUCACCGGGGAAAAGCUCAAGCAAAUAAGCGAAAGAUUCGAGGAAGAGUUGCGAGAGGGCCUCGAAAAUGAAGGAUCCAAUAUUGUAGGCCAGUAACUUAAUCCACCAUCGCAUCGAAAGUGUUAACGGUUAAAUAGUCUAUGAAUGUCACCUGGGUACUUGGGCUUCCCUCUGGCCACGAGAUUGGCGAAUUCGUGACGGUAGAUUUGGGUGGCACCAACCUACGGGUAUGUUUGGUUAGGCUCAAGGGACAACCUGAAGAAAUCGACGUCAAGCAACAUGCGUGUCGCCUACCCCCAACGAUAAAGACGGGUGAUGCUAGGGCGUUAUGGAAUUUCCUCACGGAUUCUCUUGAAGAGUUCCUUAAAGCGCAUCAACUUACAGCAAAUCGCAAAGACCGGUUGCCGUUGGGUUUCUGCUUCUCCUAUCCAGCGUCGCAAGAAUAUAUCGACCAUGGAAAGUUGAAGACGUGGACGAAAGGGUUCGACAUUGAUGGUGUGGAGGGUGGGGAUGCCGCGGCACAAUUAAGGAAUGCUUUGGAACUAGUAGCACUUGUUAAUGACACAACCGGGGCCAUGGUGGCUUCGGCAUACAAGGAUCCCAAGACGAUCAUCGGUGCAAUAUUCGGUACUGGUUGCAACGCAGCAUACGUAGAAAACGUCGGUUCGAUAUCCAAAUUGCAGACAAAUUUGCCUCCAGAUACUCCCAUGGUCAUUAACUGCGAAUAUGGCGCUUUUGAUAACGCCCAUUGCGUACUGCCGCGGACGAAAUACGACUUGAUAAUUGACAAAGAAUCACCGCGACCGGGUGAACAAAGCUUCGAGAAAAUGAGUGCGGGCUUGUACCUUGGGGAGAUUUUUCGGCUUAUAAUCCUGGAUCUGCAUGACAAGGGUCUGCUUUUUCCAGGCCAAGAUCUAACCGAUCUAAACGAACCCUACAAACUAGACACCGGGCUUUUAUCUGACCUCGAAGAUGAUCCCCUAGAUGCGUGUUGCGCCCGCCUCAAAGAAUGUUUAGGUAUCCAUGUUACACUGAGCGAAACGAAGAUGGCUUGCUUCCUAGCGAGCGUUAUAGCGAAUCGCGGAGCAAGGCUUUGCUCUUGUGGUAUUGCCGCUAUUUGCCGAAUGAAGAAUAUAACCUCAGGUCACGUCGCGGCGGAUGGGACGGUGGCGAAUAAGCACCCAAAAUUUAAAGAACGAUGGGCGAAGGCGCUGGGUGAAAUUCUGCGUUGGGACAAAGAUAGGAGAGAAGAUCCCAUUAUCAUUACAAGCGCGGAAGAUGGCAGUGGAGUCGGGGCUGCAGUUGUCUCAGCUAUGACCCUCUAUCGAAUCCACCAAGGUAGCACGGAUGGUGUACAGGAACGAUAAUUGGAGGAACUAUGUCCGGUAAAAAGCAGUUUCUGACAGCGAGCGGCUCUCCUGUACUUCGAAAUAAAGAUAACCGACCGCUCUCACAAACGUCGGUGGUGAACAGGUUUUUCUUGGGUCGCUUAACUCUUUGUUGGAGGCACCGCUAUGCGGCCUCAUGGGACAUAACUCGGAGAGUAGAUACCUAGGUAGUUAGUCGAUCGAAAAUAUUAAUUCAAACAGGUGUGAUCAAGUAA